AUGCUCCUUCAAUCAAGAAGUGCUAGUAAUUUACAGCUUGAGCUUUUAGAAGACAUUUAUAAAAGAAGUAAAUGGGACUAUAAGAAAUGUAAUUUAGGAAUUGAUGAUAUUGUUCUCAUUGUUAAGGCUAAUGCAAAGAAUACCUACAUAUUUGCAAUAGUGCCUGAAACUUCAGUUGGAAAAGAUGGAUUAAUUAAGGUGCAGAUUGCUAUAAGCUUGAUGAAGGCUUGUAAAAUUCUCAUUACAGUCAAUUUGGAGGGGAAAGUUAGCAUAACCUUUGGACUGUGCCUAAAUCCCCCGGCCCUCUUCAUAUCCUUCGUGGGGCAUCAGACUCUCGAAAAUUACUUGCAGGAAAAGAGAACCGACGAAGAGCUUGUGGAAGUGGCCAUCGAUCUUUGCAUUAAGAUACAGGAAAUCCAUCAGAAGAACGUCAUUCACCACGACCUGAAGGAGGACAACGUCCUAGUGGACGCCCAAGGAAAGGUGCACGUUAUCGACUUCGGCAACGCCAGUGAUGAGGGUGAAAAGUGUUGCUUUCGUAAAGGAAGUUGGUCCCCCAAGUGGAUGGCCCCCGAGGUCUUCUCCGUCGUCCCGAGCCAUCCCACCCAAGACGUAUACUCCGUCGGGUACUUGCUCAAGACAAUAGCCGAGGUCAUGGAAUCUCCAUAA